AUGUUGCUCAAUCCGCUGGUGAAGCAUACAGAGAAGGUGAAUUCUGUGUGCUUCUCCCCGGAUGGAUGGAGGAUUGCAAGCGGUUCACAUGAUUCGACGGUUGUUGUAUGGGAUGCAGAGACUGGCGCAGUCCUUGCAACACUCGAUCAUCGUAAAACCGUACGCGUGUGGAGUGUGUCAUUUAGCCCGGAUGGGCUAAAAUUAGCAUCCGGAUCAUCUGACCAUACCAUCCGGGUGUGGCGCACCGUUAACGCCGAAUGUUUGCUCAAGAUCAACGCUGGCCAAUGGUCAGUUCGAAGCGUUGUGUGGUCGCCUGACGGUAACCAGCUUGUCUCUGGAUCAUCCGACAAUACAGCCAAGUUCUGGGACUCGUCUAGUGGAGAAAAGAUCGGUCAACCAUGCAUCGGUCACACUCGCUGGAUCACCUGUCUUGCCAUCUCUUCAGAUAGCUCCUUCAUUGCCACGGCAUCGGACGACAGCACUGUGCGGCUAUGGUGCACAAAGACGCAUAAGCAGAUAGGACAUUCACUUAAGCACGCCAAAAAAGUUCACUCUGUCGCAAUUUCUCCCGAUGCAGAACUGCUUGUGAGUGGAGCCGAUGAUGGGAAUCUUCAGCUUUGGUCUGUUAGGGACAUCCUGGAGCAUGACGAAGUGGAGGGAAGCACAACAGAGUACGAAGAAGUACAAGGAGAACAACUUGAACUCCGCAGCAGCGAAACGCAGAGUGAUUGCGACAGCGAAAAUGAGCAUAACAGCUAUAAUGGCAAUCACAGAGAGCCCUCUGUUUAUCAGGAUGGUACAAGUGACUCCGACACCCACGACGAUGACGACCAGGACCCGUUAUUUGACAUCUUCGCUAUAAAGAAGACGGUCCGAAAUUCCGGGGACCUUCAUAUCAUCGAAGACCUCCUGACUCAUGAGAUUGAUUUUGACGAAGAUGACAACAGACGCGAUACGUAUGGUAAUCGCUCAAUUGUAAGGGCACGAAAGUCCGAGUGGGACGAUGCACUUCAAGACGCAGUUAGGUCUAUUGCUAUACAGCCCUCAUUAUUGGGUUACAUUUCCAAGGGCAUCGCCCUUUGCGGCAACAAGCAGCUCUGGGACGCGAUGGAAGCUUUCGAUUCCGCUUUUGUGUUUUCCAAUAGUGAUCCGAAUAUCAUCAAUCUUUUACUGUUGAUCAAGGCUAUUGCGCUUUUCUAUGCCGGUCGCUACGAUGAGGCAGUGCGGCGAGUUGAAGACCUCACGACCGCUUCUCAACACUCAGAUCCAAUUCCGUGCAACGUUGUGAAUGUGAGCUUUGUGUCAAACCUCGAAUUUUUCUCACUCUCGACCAUACCUAUCAGUCGUAUCUACGUGUGCAGCUUGCAGUAAUUGCUUUCCAGGAUGGGCGGUACAGCGAAGCCGCCGAUCAACUCGACCGUAGUGUUCCCAGUAUGACGGACUUGUUCUCGAGCAGAGCACUUUUUGAACCUAGAUUGAAGAUAUUCACGGUG